AUGGAUUCCAAAAUGCUGGGUGGUGGCAGCAACUGUGGGAAAUUUGGUGUGCAACUCACUGUCCUGGCAGGAUUUGAGCGUAUCGUGGUUGUUGGUGGAAACGAGACAGAACUCAGGUCGUACGGGGCGACGCACGUAAUGGACCGGUACGGGACCCCGAGCGAGACUGUUUCUCGCAUACGCGAGAUCGUGGGCGAUGACCUACUCUAUGCCUACGACGCUGUUAACCCUCCAGCCACUCAAAUAAUCAGAAUCAACGCACUCUCGUCUACUCGCAAGGGCAAAGUGGCUCGGUUAUUGCCUGCGGCCCCUAUAGACGAGUCUCUCGUCGAAAACAAGAGCGCGCGCUACGAGCUCCUGGAUGUUCUUGGUAGUUCCAGAUUGGGUAUUAAGAGUCACAGUACAAGACCCAAUGGGUCCAUUCUUAAGUCACAUUCUUUCAAAAGCUGCUGUAGCCCAAGUGGCUAUUUGGGCCGGCUUAUUCAGGCCCCUACAAAAGUUCACCGACGUUUGAAAUAUUUAGAGGCUUCCUGCCGCCCGGAACUGGAUCCGCUGGGACUCCUAUGCUUCCCUCUAACCUCGCUGCCCACCAGGAACUCAACCGUGGACCCAACCCGACUCACUCCGCCGACUUCGAACACUUUCCUCCAACGAGUCGCUGGGACAUUGGAGCAAAAGGCCUACUUCCCGCUUUCUGGGAAGGAGGGCUGGACGCCGAGUAGCAUCGAUACUCCGUAA